AUGGCCGGACCUCGGCGGCUGGUCCGGAGGGGGGCGGAGCCAGAGGAAAAGUCUGGAAGGAUGAUGAGAGAGGAAGAUGGAGGGGAGGGAAUGACGGGGUGCAGGAAGAGCCCAGAAGACGGAGAAGUCCACAGGGAGAGAGCAAGUCGAGAAGUGCGGCGACUGAGAGUGUGGGAGAGAAAGGGGGGAAGGGGUGACACGUGUGUACCACCUUCUCGUACGUGCGCGUCAGCCCUCAUUCUUACAAGGCUUGGGCAGAAGGAGAGAGACAGAGAGGCGAAUAAAGCCAGGAAGCGGGAAGACAAGGGAGGGGCGAGAAACGGCGAGAAAUCAAGGAGGGAAGUAAGGGGAAAGGGCGAGAGGGGAAAUCAGCGAUUCGGGAGAGGAUCCGCAGCCGGAGAUGCGAUGGGGAGACGGCGCCAGAAAGAGCAGACAGAGAGAUCCCUAGAGUUGGGCAACAUGACAAGGGUCCAGGAAUUCAUCUUGCUGGGCUUGUCCACGAGCCCAGAAACAAGGGAAGUCCUGUUUGUCGUCUUCCUGACCCUCUACCUGCUGACCCUCCUGGAGAACGCCCUCAUCGUCUUCCUUGUCUGCAGCCACGCUGAGCUCCAUAAGCCCAUGUACUUCUUCCUGGGCAACCUGAGCUGCCUGGAGAUGUGCUACGUGUCUGUGACCAUGCCCAGCCUGCUCGCGGGGCUGUGGAUGGGCCCCUACCACGUGCCCUUCACAGCCUGCAUGACCCAACUCUUCUUCUUCAUCGUCCUCAUCUGCACAGAGUGUACUCUUCUGGCCUCCAUGGCCUAUGAUCGUUACGUGGCCAUCUGCUGCCCACUGCACUACCCGCUGCUCAUGCGGCCCCAGGUCUGCCUGGGCUUAGCUGGGACUUCUUGGCUUGGUGGGUUGCUGGUCUCGGUGGCCAAGACAACAUGCAUUGCCAGCCUAUCCUACUGUGGCCCCAAUGUCCUCAAUCAAUUUUUCUGUGACGUCUCCCCACUGCUCAACCUGUCCUGCACCCACGUGGCCCUGACUGAGCUGGUGGACUUCCUCUCGGCCAUUGUCAUCUUCUGCGGGACACUGCUGGUUGCCCUGGCCUCCUACUCGGCGAUUGGGGUGACAGUUUUCCGCAUGCCUUCCGCCGCUGCUCGGCGCAAGGCCUUCUCCACCUGCGCCUCCCACCUGGUGGUGGUGGGCAUCUUCUACUCAGCGGCCCUCUUCAUCUACUGCCGCCCCAGCCGCAUCAGAUCCAUGGACCUCAACAAGGUGCUGUCGGUCAUCUACACGGUGGCCACGCCCAUGUGCAAUCCGGUCAUCUACUGCCUGCGGAACAAGGAGGUCCAUGCAGCCCUGCUCAGAACUCUCCACUCGACUUGA